AUGAAGAUCACCUCCGCCUUGGCUACGCUGUUCGCCCUUGCGGCUGCGACUCCGACCCCUACCGUCGAUUACACUGCGGAGAAGGCCCACCUCGUGAAGCGAGCCUCCAUCUCAGACAAGGCGACUCUCGGUUAUGCCACUCUGAACGGCGGAACGUCAGGAGGAUCCGGUGGCACGGUCACUACCGUCUCUACCCUGGCCGAGUUCACUGCCGCUGUCAACGAGAAAGAUACCGCCGCAAGGAUCGUGGUUGUCAAGGGCACCAUCAGCGGCACUGCCAACGUUCGCAUCGGCAGCAACAAGUCCGUCAUUGGCGCAUCUGCUGGUGCAGGAUUCAACGGCAUUGGACUGCACGUCCGCCGCAUGUCCAACGUAAUUAUCCGCAACAUCAAGUCUACCAACGUGCUUGCCUCAACUGGUGAUGGCGUGAAGAUUGAGGAAAGCAUCAAUGUUUGGAUCGACCACUGCGAGUUCUCUUCGGCCCUUGUAUCUGACAAGGACUACUAUGACGGUCUCGUGGAUGCUUCCCACGCUGCCGACUACAUGACCAUUUCCUACACAUACUUCCACGACCACUGGAAGACUUCUUUGGUCGGACACAGCGAGAACAACGGUGCAGAGGACAGCGGCCACCUGCGCAUCACCUACGCCAACAACUACUGGGCUAACUUCGGUUCUCGCGGCCCGUCUCUGCGCUUCGGUACUGGCCACGUCUACAACUCCUACUACCUCAACGGUAAUUCUGGAAUCAAUACACGCCAAAAUGCCCAGGUCCUGAUUCAGAGCAACGUCUUCAAGAACGUCACUGUUCCCAUCACCUCUCAGGACUCCGACAUCGUUGGAUACGCUGUUGCUAUUGACAACGAUCUUGGUGGUGCUUCCAACCUGGCCCCCGUCGGUACCAUGAACGCCAACUCUCCCCCUUACUCCUACAGCCUGCUCGGUUCCGCCAAUGUCGUUGCUACCGUCCCUGGACAGGCUGGCCAGAAGCUUACCUUCUAA